AUAAUGCUAGGCAACCAAAGUUUUAUUUUGUAGUCAAUCUGACAUGUAGGUGAAUAAUUUGAAAUUGUGUUUAAUUUUUUUUUCUAAAAUGCAUUAAGUACUGUGGAUUUUGAGGCAAUCAAAACCAAAUUGGUUUCUAGUACAACAUAUGAAGGGACCGCAACAGAUUGGAAUACCAUUUUGAACAAUGAAGACCCCUCACCCCAGAUUUUUCGAUGAGGUCCUGGACGCCAUAGCGACGCUUAAGGACGCCAGGGGUACACCAGCAAAAAGAGUAAUUGAAAAAGUCGAAAGGAACCUUUCGAAGAAAGCAUCAUUCAAAAACCCAGCCGCCCAGAUCCAAAAAGCACUGAAAUUCGGAGUGGAUAAAGGACUGAUAACGGAAAGUGGGGGACAUUUCAAACUGGGGCUUAACAAUAAAGAAUACAAGCUUUAUAAGGAUUUCAAACGGAUGUCUGGCUCUGGGCUAAGUAGAGAACACAAAAGAAGAGGAGGAAAAAGGAAACGACGUAGGAGCCGAAGAAGGGGAAGGAGGAGGUCCAGGAAAGGCAGUUUGGAUGAAGCUGGAGACUCGGAUCUGGAGGUUUCCGAUAGCAGAUCAGAUAGUUAUAUUCCCGAAGAUAGAAGUCGGGGAAGAAGAAGACGCAGACGCAGGGCAAGAAGAGGAAGAAGAAGACACGCUGAUAAAACUACAUCAAAUGAAAGCAUCAAAAGCGACAAAUCUAACGAGCCAAGUCCAAAAUCGUCGAAAGAUUCUAUGGACAAACCAGAAAAAGAACCGAAAAACAUAGACAGGAAGAACGAAGGAGAUCCAGAUGGGGGUGCCAAUCAGUUUCCUGAACCAACUCAAGAUCAUGGAUACUACGAGAGUCGGGGUUGUUUCCGUAAUAGGGACAAUUCUGGCAAAUGCUAUGACUAUGACUGUCCAGAGAAUUGCAACUGUCGCCGAAUGACCUAAUCUUGUCCUGACACGUCUUCAUGAUCGAAUCUUGUUUAUAAAUUAUUAGUGAGAAAUAAAAUUCUAAAUAAAAUACUUCUUGUGAACAGU